UAAUUCGUGACUGCCAAAACAACCAAAACGAAAACCAUGGCGGACUGUCACUGCCAUGCACGUGAUGCCCACAUCCCCUCGAUCAUCGUCUGAACCAAGCUGCAAGCAACCUAUUGAUAUCGUCAUUACUUCAGUUAGCUGGAUGCCAUAGUUACUGUACUUUAGGGAGGUGUAUGUCUUAUUGGAAGCGUUCUGGGAAAAUUUCUGGAUACCACAAUCCACAUCCAUAUAUACCCACGUUUCACCAUCACUUCAUUAAAACUACUAGCAUAGAUAUCCACUGCCACCAUGCAACUACUAUACAGCAAUCCACUUCCCAGUCCGGAGUUUGUAUCUCUAUCUCUGGUGCUUCGACCGGAUCCAGAAGAACCCAGCGGUGGAGGAAUGGGGGAACCAUUAAUGCUGGCGUCUCCCUUGUCCACCAUCAACUACGUUGUCGCCAUGAGCGCCUUGAAAGAACUCCACAAGUACUUGGGCUCCUUGGCUGGAUUGACACUUCUGGAAGGAAAGCAAAUAUCCAUUCAUGAUCGAAUCGUCGCAGAAUUAAUGCAAGAUGACGAAAACCUUGUCAUGAACGAUACCAACAGCAACAGCAAUCAAAACAAAUUGCAAGUAUUCCGACCACUCUCGGCACACGGCAUGGGUCUACAUUAUCGACUCUUGCGCGAUGACAAGGUCAAAACUGACUUUGCGUCACUGGUUCUGGCAUCUUCAAGAUCAUCCGCCAAGGGGGCUGACGAUUCUUCCGAGACACGCAAAAUCGAAAAACAACUCCUGGGCGUCUUGGUUACCGUGGGGUUGUCGGGUAUACCCUAUGCACACUGUUCCUCCUCGCUACAAUACGGUCUCAGUCAAAGAGUCAAUGAUUGCGUCGGUGUCCUAUCCAAACGAAUCAGUGCUGUCGAUGUAGCCGCGGCCAAGACCAUCCUAUCCACACUCCUUGCCACGGAAGAUGAAGUCCGAAAAACAAACAAUGUCGCCAAUGCCGCCAUUGUCACUGCCAUUCCAGAGUCGGGAGAAGAAACAUUCUUGGGAAGUGCCGCCAAGAAGGGAAACGCAUUCAAAAACGUAUUCAGUAUGAGCCGGGGAGGAUCUGGUGGAGGCACUAUUCAUGUGGGUGUACGCCCAACUUCCAAUGAUCUUUCCAGAAUCCUCAUUGAACGGCUCACGGUACUCUCGGUCGCGGAUUCCGAUAGCUUGUUGCGACCAUUUGAAACUUCGGGACAACAACGAAAGGCAAACUUGGAUCUUACUGGAAACAAAUCAAGAUUUCGAAAGCGCAAGACUGAUUCCAGUACCAAUGCCGACUUGGAUAACUUUGAUUAUCGAGGACCUGUACGGGACAAACGACUUGACAAUCGACUCCUACUGCGACAGCAAAACUUGGCAGCGGCAGGUCCCAUGCAACCAGCAGCAUUUACGCCACAAUCAUCAUCGUCCCCCUCUGUACCACGAAACCCACAGUCCACCACCGCCAAACAAAUGCGACCCCAUCACUCCGAUGUCCGUGGAACACGGCGAAACCGAAACGUACCCACACUUAGUGCUCCCAGAGGAGAUGUUUCUUCGAGUCGGAGAUCGUCCAAUGCGACUUUGAGAUCGGACGAUGCGGACGACGAUGGACGAAGCCGACGUUCCGGCAAGAGCCACGGAAGUACAAGGAAAGGUACAGCGGAUUCUCUGAACAGCAAUAGCAAUUGGGUCGGAGCAGAAGAGGACAUAUCCGAAUCGAGGUCCAUGAACAGCAACUCCAACCUGCCACGAAUACAAGUAAACAUUGCGCUCAAUGAAGACUUGACGUGCUCCUACAAAUUCUCCAAAAUGACUUCCUGCAGUGUGGAAGGUGUUAUCCAGGUCCAAGUGAAGUCCAAUGCAAGAUCAUUGGUGCCCUUUCAACUGGUAGUGAGAGACCCCUCCGGUCAUAUACAAACUCUGCAAGAGAACAAAAAGUUUGCAGAGGACUCGUCACCCUCAGAUCGAGGAGAUAAGAGCUUCACCAUUGGAGUCCCAAAGGCAGACAACUACUUUCCGCUGAUACGAUACAAAUGCUCCAAUGAGCUGCGACCUGUUCCCAUUAGGGUGCAAACUCGGGUUAAAGUAGAUGGAGGGUACUGCCGUGUAGCGUUGCAGAUCAGCUCAAACCCUCACAACGAAGGCAGUCUGACGGACCUGACCAUUAUCAUGGGCGUUGCAAACGAUAUUCGAGGAGGAUCUCUAGUGACGCAACCUGCGGGUGGUGUCUGGAACGCCAGCAAGCGAAGUGUCAUUUGGUGUGUUUCUGAAUUGGGCGACGGAGAAAAGUUCCAGUUGCAAGCUAGAUUUGAGGUGGACGAGAGUGCAGCAGCCAAGGAUGAGCAGGAGGUCCCCAAAUUCCCUGUCUUGGUUCGAUGCCAAUGCAUGUACGCACAGCUGAGCGACGUCGAGGUGGCCGUGCAAGACAUUCCUGAGCUACAGCCGGCUGAAGUGGCGAUGAAGGUUGCCCGACGUUUCCGAUUGUCACACCAAGAACGGUCGUGAUAACUAUUGCAGAAGAGUCUCUUUCUAUCUUUGUUUUUAAAGGGGUCUAGAGCAGGGAAUUUAUCUAUCUUUCAUUAUAUUAGUAUGGCGUUACGUUUUGCC